AUGGCGAAGAAGAAAUCAAACAAAUCUCCAACGGCGAGGAAGAAAUCGAGCAAAUCCCCCCCUGUUUUCCCAUCGGCUCCACCUCCGGAACAACUCUGUGUCGACCAUCCCACUCCAUUACCGGCGAUUGCAGCUCCUGGGUCGCUCUCUCUACCGCCGGCAACCUCUCCGUCGGUGGUUCCAGAGCAGCUCAUGCCCCCUAUUACCUCCACAUUUCUUCCGUCGGAUUUCCCCCCCCUUCCAUCUCCUUCGGGUCAAGCUCCGUCUUCAUCUCUGGCCCCUGCUUCUCCAUGCAUCCAGGUGCCUCCCCUCUCCUCGGCUCCCUUAGCGGACCGUGUUAUGUCUGCUGCUCCCCAAGCUAUUUCAGCCACAGUUUCCAGCGGCAACUCGAAUCUGAAAUUUCCUUGGGCAGAUCGACUCCGGCAAGCUUCGCGGAAUCUCUCCAGACUGGCCAAGCCGGUAUUCUCGGCAGAAGCCACAAGGGAAUGGGCCCUCGAAAUCGGUAUUUGGCGAGUGGCGGAUGUGAUGUUCGCCCUUUCGGAGUGGACACCGACUUCUACCCUCCGCAAGCAUGCUCUUACAUCUGUUCCCAUCUGGAUUACUCUCCGGAAUAUCCCGCCGGAAAUGUUCUCACUACAGGGUAUCAGCUAUAUAGCGAGUGGACUUGGUGAACCUCUUCACACGGAGAGAAUGCGUCUGGACCCUCUUCAGAUCGGUGAAGCCCGUGUCAAAGUUGAAAUCCACCUCGGAGAGACAUUGAACUUGCCUCCUGCCGUUGAAGUGGAGGAUGAUGCCGGAGCAAUCAUCAAGGUCGAUGUCAAUUAUGCCUGGCUACCCCCGCGUUGUAUAUCGUGCUCUGAAUUUGGGCAUAGUCACCGUCACUGCCCUGCUAAAAGUCCUACUCAACCUCAGGCCCAGGUCAGCCCCGUUAUACAACCAUCUACCCCUAACUCUGAAAAGGUUAUCAUUCCGGUCUCAGAUUGUGUUGACACUCCUAAAUCACCGGUUAUUGUCCCACAACAUUCUCAAUCAAAACCUUCUCAACCUGUCACAAUCACCUCCUUCUCCACGUCUAAAUCCAUCGAUGUGGUCGAAAUACCAAAUAACCCUUCACCGACUCUUACUAUAGUGUCUAGUGAACCCAUUACCGAUACAGGUACCCCUCUUCCGUUACCUUCGGUCCAGCCGCAAGCCACUUUACCUCAAAAAUUUUGUUUUGACUCAGAUGAAGAACUAGUGGCAGAAGCUCAACGAAUCUUACGCGCUCGUUCUUCUGUUGCUGCUACAGCCCAAAAAUCUCAGUACUCCCUUCGAUCUUGUGUUAACAACGUCAUUCUUGAUCCUUCCGAUUUCACACUAGUUGGAAAAGCUCGCAAGGGUAGAGGAAACUUUUAG